AUGAAUGAGUCUGAAAACGAUUUGGAGCCAUUUUAUGAGCCACUUGGACUAUACAUAAGGCCAUGUGCACGUUUGAAUAUCUCAUUGACACUACCUCCUCUUAAGCAGCCCGGCCAGUCCAUAUCGAAUUGGGACCUAAUGGAAAAAAUCAAAAAAGCUAUUGUACCUGUUCAGCUAGUUCAAUGGGCAAUCCGAAUUCAUUUGUUAUCAUUGCAGUUAUCGUCGAUUCGUGUGACGUUGAGCACUAUGGAAAUGGUUCGAUUUGAAGCAGAAUUACCGAAUCGGAAAAUGCUUCAUAAAGUUGAUAUUUUAAUGCAGUCAGAGGAGAGCGAGAAAGACGAACUGGACACCAGCAAAAAAGAUAGUGUAUUGCCAAGUGAAAAGUUACUGAAAGAGACCUUCGAGCAGUUCGGUCGAGUACGUUGUGUUGAUAUCCCGUCAUGUGAUCCAUAUCGAAAACAGAUGCCAUCAAGCAUCUCCGAUGUCAGUAUACCGAAUGGUCGAGUUGAAUUUGAGCAUCUGCAGGAGAUCUACUUCGAAGCGUACGUACAGUUUAUGGAGUAUAUUUCGUUUAUGCGUGCGAUGAACGCGUUACGAAAUAUGAAUCUAGUGAAGAAAAUGCCUGAUGGACGAUUGUGUGAAGCAUCGAUUAAGGUAACAUAG